AUGGCUACCCUCUCCAUCCUGUUCUUUAUCUUGCUGUGUGCUUUAACUGAUAAGAGCCAAGCCUGCCACUGUGAUCAUUACCCAUGGACUCAGUGGUCCAGCUGCUCAAAAACCUGCAAUUUUGGAUUUCAGAGCAGACAAAGACAGAUAGUAGCAGAUAAGUACUACUAUGAAAACUUUUGUGAUCGGAUUUGCACCAAACAGGAGACCAGAGAAUGUAACUGGCAAGCAUGUCCUAUCAAUUGCCUCCUAGGAGAUUAUGGACCGUGGUCAGAAUGUGAUGCUUGUGUUGAAAGACAGUUUAAGUCUAGAUCUAUCAUGCGCCCCAGUCAGUUUGGGGGACAACGGUGUACCGAGCCUCUGGUGACCUUUCGGCCCUGCAUUCCAUCCAAGCUCUGCAAAAUUGAAGAAAUUGACUGCAAGAAUAAAUUCCGCUGUGACAGUGGCCGCUGCAUUGCCAGCAAGUUAGAGUGCAAUGGAGAAAAUGACUGUGGAGACAACUCAGAUGAAAGAAGCUGUGGAAGAACAAAGUCAAUAUGCCCAAGGAAUUAUUAUCCAAUCCCGAGUGUGCAACUAAUGGGUGCAGGGUAUCAUAUUUUUGCAGGCGAGGCCAGAGGAGAAGUCCUUGAUAACUCUUUCAAUGGAGGAAUAUGUAAAACUGUCAAAAGCAGUAGAGCAAGCAAUCCAUACCGUGUCCCCGUCAAUAUGGAAGCUGUCAACUUUGAGGUAAAUGUUGAAGAAGAUGACUUGGAAACAGAAUUCUACAAUGACUUAAUUUCUUUUGGAAAUGAUGAAAAUCGACAAGCUGUAUUUUCAGGACAUCAGAAGGACUCUUUAUAUGUACCAAUUUUCUAUUCUUCAAAGAAAAUAAAAAGUGUCAACCAUAAGUCUGCUUUCAAACAAGCCAUUCAAGCUUCUCACAAAAAGGAUUCUAGUUUUAUUAGGAUCCAUAAAGCAAUAAAAGUGUUAAACUUUACAAUGAAAAGUGAAGAUCUGCAGCUUUCUGAUGUCUUUUUAAAAUCACUUAACCAUCUGCCGCUGGAAUAUAAUUUUGCUCUGUAUAGUCGGAUAUUUGAUGACUUUGGGACUCACUAUUUCACUUCUGGCUCUCUGGGUGGUGUGUAUGAUCUCCUCUAUCAAUUCAGUAGAGAAGAACUGAAGAACUCAGGUUUAACAGAAGAAGAAUCCCAAAACUGUGUCCGGCAUGAAACAACAAAACGCUUUCUUUUCUUUAAGAAGAAAAAAGUGGAAUAUCGGUGUACAGAAAACAAAAUGUCAGAGAAAUAUGAAGGUUCGUUUCUGCAGGGAGCAGAGAAAUCCAUAUCCUUGGUUCGAGGAGGGCGGAGUAAAUACGCAGCAGCUUUGGCAUGGGAGAAAGGGAGCUCUGGGCCAGAGGAGAAGGUCUUUUCUGAGUGGUUAGAAUCCGUGAAGGAAAACCCUGUUGUGAUUGACUUUAAGCUUGCUCCCAUCACGGAUUUGGUAAGAAACAUCCCGUGUGCAGUGACAAGGCGCAACAAUCUCAGGAAAGCUUUUCAAGAGUAUGCAGCCAAGUUUGACCCUUGCAAGUGUGCUCCGUGUCCUAACAAUGGCCGACCCACACUCUCAGGGACCGAAUGUCUCUGUGUGUGCCAGAGUGGAACCUACGGUGACAACUGUGAGCAGCGGGCUCCAGAUGUUCAGUUCAAUGCAGUAAAUGGGAACUGGGGUUGCUGGUCUUCUUGGAGCAGGUGUGAUGCGACUUAUAAGAGAUCAAGAAGCAGAGAAUGCAAUAACCCUGCCCCCCAAAAUGGAGGGAAGCCCUGUGAGGGGCAGCAGCAGCAAGAGGAGGACUGUACAUUCUCAAUAUUUGAAAACGAUGGGCAGCCCUGUAUCAGUGAUGGUGAAGAAAUUAAAGAAGUAGAUCUUCCUGAGAUAGAAUCAGACUCAGGGUGUCCUCAGCCUGUUCCUCCAGAAAAUGGAUUUAUCCGGAAUGAAAAGAAAGUGUACAAAGUUGGGGAAGAAGUAGAAAUCUUCUGCUUUACUGGAUUCGAAACUGUUGGAUACCAGUACUUCAGAUGCUUACCAGACCAGACCUGGAGGCAAGAAGACGUGCAGUGCAAACGAAUAGGAUGCCUCAAACCAGUUCUGCAGGAAGUCCUCACAAUCUCACCCUUUGAGAGUGUAUAUAAUAUUGGUGAUUCCAUUACAUUGUCCUGCCCCAAAGGCUCCGUCAUUUCUGGGCCAUCAAAGUACACGUGCAGUGAGGAUUCCUGGUCACCACUCAUUCCAGACUCACUCACCUGUGAGAAAGAUAAUCUCUCAAAAUUACAAGGUAAUUGUCAACCAGGACAAAAACAAUCAGGAUUUGAAUGCAUUUGUAUGUCUCCAGAAGACGACUGUAGCUCUAAUUCAGAAGACAUUUGUGUGUUUGAUACAGCCUCCAACCAGCAUUUCACUUCACCUGCUUGUGUGUUUUUGGCCACAAAAUGUUUGAAUAAGCAGCAAUUACAUUUUCUCCAUAGUGGUUCCUGCCAUAGUGGCCCACCUUUAGAGUGGGCUCUUGAAAGGGUGGAGCUCUCAUCCAAUAGCACAAAGAAAGAAUCCUGUGGCUAUGAUACCUGCUAUGACUGGGAAAAAUGUUCAGCCUCUACCUCCAAGUGCAUCUGCCUGUUGCCCUCCCAGUGCAACAAAGGUGGAAACCAAUUCUACUGUGUGACAGUAGGAGGAUCAACAGUUUUAAAGACCAUCAACAUCUGUGAAGUGGGAGCUAUCAAAUGUUCCAAAAGGAAGCUGAAUAUCCUGUAUCCUGGGAGAUGUUUGGACAGCCAUGGUUCCUGA